GGUUUGGGGUGAGGCGUGCACAUAUGGAUAAUAAGGUGGCUGUCUAGGCCUGGGCGUCUGGACCCCUUAGGAAGAUAAAGGUAAGCAACAUAAGGAUUGGCCUGUUGCAUUCAAGAGGCGGGUAUAUGCCGAAGAUACAUGGAAUAAAGUCUUCCCUCCGAGGUAAAAAUCCUAGUCACCAGGUGACUGAGCUCUCCAACAGUACUCAAAUUCCUGGUGCUUCUUUCUCGGGUUCUGCUGCGACUGUACUUCGACUUCAACGUCAGUUUCCUCGCAACAUAUACGCCUCGAAAGUCCAAGCAUCACUACAUCACUAUGAAGGAACCUCGGAACGAAUCUACGACGUCCCCCGUCUCCAUCGCCCUCUCCUCCAUCCUCCCUUUCCUAACCUCGCACCCCUUCCUCCUCCUCUUCUGUGCCCUCACUCUCCGCAUCCUCACCAAACGCUACCUCUCCCCGCUCCGCUCCAUCCCGGGCCCCUUCGUGGCCUCCUUCACCCGCCUCUGGAAAGUCUACUCCACAGCCCGGGGCCGUACAAAUCUCGAGCACAUCGCCCUACACCGUAAAUACGGCCCCCUCGUGCGCAUCGCCCCCAACGAGGUUUCUUUGUCAUCUCCACACGCCGCGCGGCUCCUCCUCAGCGCCGGCAAAAGAUUCUACAAGACAGACUUUUAUGGCGUGUUCCCGCCGCCCGAAAAUCCGGAUAUAUUCACCGAGACGCGUGAGGAUGUGCACGCUAUGAAGAAGAAGGUGGCUAAUGUGCCGUAUAGCAUGGCGGCUAUGCGGCAGUUGAACGGGUUUAUUGAUGAUACGAUUGACGUCCUAGCCAGCAGAUUGGAUGAGUAUGCUGCACCGGAGGGGGAGGAUCUACAACGUGAGAAAGCACAAAUAGGGGCAGAAAACGUAAAGAAACACCAAGUAGACCUGGGAGCUUGGCUGCACUACUUCGCCUUCGACGUCCUGGGGGAAGUGGCGUUUGGCCGCUCGUUCGGAUUCCUGGCUGCGGGGGUUGAUGUUGAGGGAGCGAUCAAAACCAUCGACGAUUCGCAGUGGUACAACGGCCUCGUGGGUCAGAUUCCCGAGCUGGACCACGUUUUACGUCGCAACCCGCUAUGGAAGUUUAUCCCUGCCCUAGACCCGGGAAAUGCCCUAGUGACUCGGAUUGCGCGCGAGGAAAUGGCGAAACGAAGGCCGUUUGCCGCCGAAAAAGAGGGCAAGGGAGUAAGUGGCGAUGGCAGGGAGGAUCUGUUGGCUAGUUUGAUAAAGGGGCAUUUGAAGGAUCCAAGUCGGUUUGGAGAGGGGGAUGUAUUUGCCGUUGCGCAUGGGGCUAUCUUCGCAGGCUCCGACUCCACCGCCUCAACCAUGCAAUCCUUCUUCUGGCACAUCCUAUCCUCCCCACGCAUCCACGCCACGCUAACGUCGGAAAUUGACCUGGCCGUGCGCAAGGGCAGCAUCCCGUCCACAGGCAACAUUGAAUGGAAUGCCUCCCAGACCCUCUCCUACUUCCAAGCCUGCCUAAAAGAAGCCAUGCGUGUGCGGCCCGCGGUAGGCGUAAAUAUCACGCGUUACGUCCCACCCGAGGGUGCCGAGCUUGACGGGCAUUUCUUCCGCGGCGGGACUAGGAUCGCGGUGAAUGGGUGGGUGUUGCAUAGAGACAAAGGGGUAUUUGGGCAGGAUGCGGAUGUGUAUCGGCCUGAAAGGUGGUUGGAGGAUGUGGAGAAGACGAGGAUUAUGGAAAGAUUUAUGUUUCAGUUUGGUGGAGGGAGCCACGUCUGCAUUGGCCGGAAUCUCGCACUGUUGGAGAUCAACAAGGUCAUUCCGAGACUACUUCGUGACUUCAAGUUCGAGCUUGUUCAUCCUAACCGGGAGCUCAAGGCCAAGGCGACGUUCUUCGUUGUCCAGGAGGGACUGGAGGUCUACAUCGAGAGAAAGAAUGUGGCGAACGCCUGACCAACGCGGGACGGGUAGUAGUUACUGCGUGGUGUGUUGAAACAUGUUACUGUCAAGCCAUUCAUAAUCGCUUUCUGAAAUGCACCGAAGUUAUAGAGCUC